UCAGCGCGUCACAGCAUUACUUCGCCACCACCGUUGACUGACGGACUUACUACCGCCACGGUUGGUCAGCUAGUCUAGUUGUCGGCCGAUGUGUUAAUAGUCCCACCGUCCACUGUUACAAAAGGCAUCGUUGAAAUCACGGGGAGUGUUAUAACAGAAGUUUAAAAUUGCUGAAUGAUUUGCUUGGAACCACGUACUUUAGCCUAAUCUCUCCUCAAGUUCAGGUUAGCCAGCUAGCUAGCUCGCUAGCAACUUCUCUGACUUGGACCCCCAGUCAUUUUUCACUGGUUGGGGUAUUCCCUCGCAGUCAUAAUAGCCAUCUAAAUGAUCAUGGAGAGGAAGAGGUUAGAUUGCCCGGCUUUGCCACCGGGUUGGAAGAAAGAAGAAGUGAUCCGGAAGUCGGGACUCAGUGCUGGGAAGAGCGAUGUGUACUAUUACAGCCCCUCGGGGAAGAAGUUCCGGAGCAAACCGCAGCUGUCCCGUUACCUGGGCAACACAGUGGACCUGGGCAGCUUCGACUUCCGCACGGGCAAGAUGAUGCCCAGCAAGCUACAGAAGACCAAGCAGCGACUCCGCAACGAGAACCUCAGCCUGUCCAAGGGCAAGCCCGACCUGAACACAGCUCUGCCCAUCAGACAGACAGCAUCCAUCUUCAAGCAGCCCGUCACCAAAGUGGUCAACCACCCCACCAACAAAGUCAAGACAGAUAUGCAGCGUGCCACAGAACAGCCCAGACAGCUCUUCUGGGAGAGGCGGUUGAAAGGCCUCCGGUCGUUAGACGUCACAGAAGAAGUACUACGGACCAUGGAGCUGCCCAAAGGUUUACAAAGUGUGGGUCCAGAUGCGUCGGAUGAGACGUUGCUGUCGGCGAUCGCCAGCGCGCUGCACACGAGCUCGGCUCCCAUCACCGGCCAGACGUCCACGGCGGCGGAGAAGAACCCCGCCAUCUGGCUCAACACCGGACAGCCGCUCUGCAAAGCCUUCAUCGUCACCGACGAAGAUAUCAAGGAGCAGGAGCUGAAGGUGCAUCAGGCCCGCAGAAGUCUGGAGGAGGCGCUGCUGGCAGACGGGUUGGCGCGGGCCGCCGAAUCCACCAGGGACAUGGAGGGCAAGGCGUGAGGAAAGUCUACCAGGGAGUGAAGUCUUCCCCCCCCUCCCGACGGCUGAGGAUGGCCUGCCACGCCAUUGGCUCCUGCCUCCGAUCUCCUUCCCAGCACAGAGUCACACCCUCUAACCGACAGCUUUAGCCAAGGCCUUCUGGAAUAUUCUAUGUUUAUUGUUUUGUUUUGUUUCGAUGUACAUAUCUAUAUAUAUAAUUUCAGAACAAUGCUUAUUUUGUGUCAUAUAUUUUUUUGGAAGUUAAAUAUUCUUUUAUAUAUAUAUAAAUAUAUACAUAAAUAAUUAUAUAUAGAGAAGCAAAUAUUUGAGCAAUAUACUUUGAACUUCUGGGAACUUUUGCGAGUCAGGUUGCAAUCUGCUGGAUUGGUAUUGCUAACUGUUUUUACUUCCACGUGUUCUGUCUGGUGAGGUUGGCUGUAAGGGAUCUUGUUCUUUCAGGGUUUGUAAUAGAUAAUUAAUGCAUUUACAUGAAUAUAAAUGGAGAACUGCUUAUUUAAGAAAAACAAAAAAUUUUAUACUUUGAGAGAAACAACUUGUACAUUUCUUGCAUCACUUUAGAGUAAAUAAAUGAUUAUAUUCACAAGUGACUUCCAUUGUUUUUAUGCACGUACUGUCAAGCCUGAGGUUGUACAAGGAAGUGUCAAAAGGUCUGUUUCUCAAAGCAGAUAGAAAGACUUGUAAGGAGUUA